CUGAGAUAUAUCCAGGAUGUGAAGUGGUAUGAGCGGUUUGUGGGAUUGGAAUAGCGCAGAAAGAAAAAUUCAGUGUGGGAAUUUAAGAAAAUUGACUUGGUCGUUGCCUUUUUCCUCUUUGGGACAGACUUCAUCGUCAUCAUAUUUACAUAAAUAUUUGGCUACAAAGACCAGACCGACCCAACGAACAGAUAUUUUUUACGUUUAUUGCUCUGCAGAACAGCGUCGAUUCCAACACAAACAACGGAAUGACACUUCAUUCGUGUAUACCUUGAUUUCGCGCGCAUCUAUCUCCUCCCCCUACAGCAAACACAAUAUACCAUAUCCUCCCGCCGCAGCCAUGUGGAUUCUGCCCUUGGUCGGGUACCUGGGUUUAAUCGUCGGGUUCGCAUUCCUAACCCUCGCCAUAGCCUCCGGCCUCUAUUACCUCUCUGAGCUUGUCGAAGAACACACCGUGCUCGCGCGCCGCCUCCUAUCCCGCCUGAUAUACUUCAUAAUAGCCCUCCAUGUCCUCCUCUGCCUGGUUGACCAGCUGCCCUUCACCCUCUGCGCGCUCAGCGUAAUCUCCCACUUAAUCUACGCGGCCAAUCUGCGCCGCUUCCCCAUCGUUAAGCUCACAGACCCCAUCUUCAUCACCUCCUGCCUUCUCGUCGGCCUCAACCACUGGCUCUGGUUCCGCUACUUCUCAGACCCAAUAUCAGCCCAGCCGUCCAGGUCCAUGCCCUGGUCAAAAGAUGCGGGCAGCAAUACCCGACAGUCAUAUUACUACGGCGCGGUGACAGAUCUUCCGUCGUUUACAGAGGUAGCGUCUUACUUCGGGCUGUGCGUUUGGCUAGUACCAUUUGCGCUGUUUGUGAGCCUGAGCGCGGGUGAGAAUGUGCUGCCGAGCAUGGGCUCUGAGUAUGCGACUGGGGCCACGGCGGCGUCGUCGCUGGCUGAUCGGGAUGCGAAACUAAAGAACAAGGGCAUGGCCAAGGCAUUGGUCGAUGGUGUGCGGGAAUGGAUGGGGGAUACGGGCGAGCUUAUGGGGUUUUGGAGGGGGGAGAAGACGAGGAGGUUUUAAUGGACCUGCUUGUUCCUUGGUUUUAUUUAUUCAUUACCACCUCUCUGAUUUUCGCGGGCGAGUUAAAUUGUGGUCGAUUCCUCUUUUACUGAAAUGGCGAGCGUAUAAACCAUUUUAAUGCAUCUACUACCUCCGAAAUUCCUUUUGCUCUUUCCUUGACGACUGAUUUGAAUGUUUAUGACGUGUUUGAACUGCGCUGCAUGGGGACUCACACUGUAUAUAUAUUGUAUUAUCGACGUAAAUGCACCAAAACUAAUUACUUAAUAAUUGUGUUGAAGAAGUGGUGUUUUAAGAGGAGGAAAGGAGGAAAGUUUACGGGUUAUCAUCGUUAUGGUGUGCUGCGCACAAAGUCCACUUGCCUUGGUUGUGGGACACUUCCCGGUAGCCAACCGAAAUACCACAUUAUUAAUUGAUUAGACUCAAGAGACUGCUACCAAGGACCAUUUAGAACGGGUCCAUCCAGAAAUCUGGCAUCACAACUUCGUAGCGAAGGUUUCUUUUCGUGCCUGAGUCCCAUUUCCUUAGCAGCGAUUUUCUCUGGAAUGCCCCCUCAUAUUGUCCGGCAUCUAUGUAGUUAUGUAACUUGCUUUUGCUCCUCGUCGGGAUGACAUAUCCGUAUAUG